UUUCUGAUCUUCAAAAAAGCCUAUAUCCUGUCCAAGGAAAGGAGACAGCACCUGGCCCAUUAUUGACCAGCACUUAUUUUUUUCUCUGAAGAGAAUCUUCAAGUCAUGGAAGGAGGCAGCAACAGGUCUUCGGAAAGCUUCAUUCUGCUGGGUAUAUCUGACCAUCCCCAGCUGGAAAUGAUCUUUUUUGUGCUCAUCCUCUUCUCUUACUUGCUGACGCUUUCUGGGAACACAACCAUCAUCCUGCUGUCCCGCCUUGAUCCUCGGCUCCACAUACCCAUGUACUUCUUCCUCAGCAACCUCUCCUCCCUUGACCUCGCCUUUACUACGAGCUCGGUCCCCCAAAUGCUGUUCAACUUAUGGGGACCAGAGAAGACCAUCAGCUACGGUGGCUGCAUCACCCAGCUCUAUGUUUUCCUUUGGCUGGGGGCCACUGAGUGCAUCUUGCUUGUGGUGAUGGCAUAUGACCGCUACAUAGCAGUGUGCCGGCCCUUGCACUACAUGACCAUCAUGAAUCCUCGGCUUUGCUGGCUGCUGGCUGCAGUUUGCUGGUUAGGUGGCUUGGGCAACUCUUUAAUCCAGUCCACAUUCACCCUGAAGCUCCCGUUCUGUGGGCACCGGAGGGUGGACAAUUUCCUAUGUGAGGUGCCUGCCAUGAUGAAAUUGGCCUGUGGAGACACUAGUCUCAAUGAGGCCAUACUCAAUGGUGUGUGCACCUUCUUCACUGCCGUCCCUCUAAGCACUGUCCUCAUCUCCUACUGCUUCAUUGCUCGGGCAGUGCUGAGGAUCCGCUCUGCAGAGGGACAGUGGAAAGCCUUCAACACAUGCCUGUCCCAUUUGGUGGUGGUGUUCCUCUUCUACGGCUCGGCCAUCUACGGGUAUCUGCUUCCCGCGAAGAGCAGCAACCAGGACCAGGGUAAAUUCAUUUCCCUCUUCUAUUCUGUAGUCACACCCAUGGUGAACCCCCUCAUCUAUACGCUAAGAAAUAAGGAAGUAAAGGGGGCCCUGAGAAGGCUACUAGGGAAACGAACAGAAGCUGGCUGAGCAAGGAGGAGGAUUCUCUAUUAUUUGUUGCCUCUUCAUCUCUGCACAUUUUUUCUCAUUAUUUCUAUGACCAGAAGAACACGAAGAGUACUAACCUGAGUGAAACCAAGCCAGAUUCUUGACAACCCUAAACUGCUGGGGCACUGUCACUGUUGAGAUAUUCUUUACUUAUUUACUAGAAAUCCUACUGCGGACAACAGACAAUAGGGCAAAAGUGUAUUGUUGAAGGCUCAGAGGCUACUGAUCGAAUGUAGACGUAUCUCACCAUCUCUGAUUUCUUCAUGUUAAUUAUUACACCUUAUUUUCUCUAGAAUUCUAUACUUUUCAAAAGAAAGCAACUCCACUUGAAGAUCUGUGUAAUGGCUUGAGAUCAGUUCGUUGUUAUGAAAUGCACAUAAAGAGCAUAAAGAGCUAAACAGUUCAUCUGAUGGACACAGACACACACACAGACACACACACAGACACACACACACACACAGGCUAGACAGAGCCACUCGGUUGGCCCCAGUCAACUCUACCUAUGGAUUCUAUGGUCACAGAACAGCUGUUCGCUCAGUGGCGCUAUGCCUGCCUGGCAAGUGCAAAGUCCUGAGUUCAAUUCCUGGC